AUUAUCACUUUUGACGCUGGGUGAGUCGAACUCCUGUCCUGAGACUUACGCGUCUGAAAGUCACUCGAGCCAAAUAAAAUACUGUAAGCUUUCGAUACGACGUCACCUGGCAAAAAAGUGGCAGGAGGCGGGAGCAGUGUCCCAACGUGACCACCGGCUUCAAAUUUCAAUCAAAUAAGAAAACGAUCAUAUGACCUUGGGGGAGGGGGGGAUUAAGAGGCACAGAAUCUGAGGCCUGGCGACCUUUCCUGAUUAUGUGGUUCUAGGUAUACAUCACAGAAGAAAUCUAGAAAGCAGAAGCUUGUGCACGAUCGGGCCACACUUGGAACGCUUCGAGCUCUGCUACAUUUCGUCCCAUUCGCUCAUAAAUUUGUUUUCCGCUGCUGACACGAUCGGAUAAUGGAAUACUUUUGUUAGAGAUCUGGGGCUAGGGUUAGAGAAACCAGACGAUGGAGGAACUGAGCUUUUCCCUUUUAGUGGCAGGAAGACAAGCUGUCAACUAGAGCGGGCGGGGUUUUUAAGGCGGGUAUAGAGCAGAAAUAGGGGUUGUGUUUGCGGGGGUAAAGAAUGGGGGGAGUAACUUCUUCCAUGGCGGCGAAAUUCGCAUUCUUUCCGCCAAACCCGGCAUCGUAUAAGAUAACGGUGGAUGAGGAGAGGGGGCGAUUUAUGAUGACGGACGUUCCUAAACGGGAGAAUGUGGAGGUGCUGAAGCUGCCGACGAGGAGAGGCCAGGAGAUUGUGGCAAUGUAUGUGAGGAAUCCUACGGCCUCCUUAACUCUUUUGUAUUCCCAUGGCAAUGCUGCAGAUUUGGGCCAGAUGUACGAACUUUUUGUCGAGCUCAGCCUUCAUCUUCGCGUUAAUCUCAUGGGGUAUGACUAUUCUGGGUAUGGUCAGUCUACUGGCAAGCCAAGUGAGCACAAUACUUAUGCUGAUAUUGAAGCUGCCUAUAAAUGUCUUGAAGAGCAAUAUGGAGCCAAAGAGGAGGAUAUUAUUUUGUAUGGCCAGUCCGUUGGAAGUGGUCCAACUUUGGAUUUGGCAGCACGGUUGCCUCGUCUGAGAGCAGUUGUCCUCCACAGCCCAAUACUCUCUGGUUUACGUGUUAUGUACCCAGUAAAGCGAACAUACUGGUUUGAUAUCUACAAGAAUAUUGAUAAAAUAUCUCUUGUGAAUUGUCCCGUACUCAUCAUGCACGGAACAUCAGAUGAAGUUGUUGAUUGCUCCCAUGGUAAGCAGCUCUGGGAUCUGUGCAAGGAAAAGUAUGAGCCACUAUGGCUGAAAGGUGGCAGUCAUUGCAAUUUGGAGCUCUAUCCCGAGUAUAUAAGACAUUUGAGAAAAUUUAUUUCAACUGUUGAAAAAUCACCUUUUCUGAGAAAUGGUUCGAGAAGAAGCACUGAUCAUUCUGAACCAUCUAGGAGAAGCACGGAUCGGUCUGAACCUUCAAGAAGAAGCACUGACCGGCGUGAGAAGUCCAGACACAGCACAGACAGAUCAGAGAAGUCAAGGAGCAGUACUGAUCGGCGGGACAAGUCAAGGACAAGUGUAGAUAGAUCAGAAAGGUCAAGGAAGAGCACAGAUCGUCCAGAGAAGUCAAGAAGCUUUCUUGAUUGGCAUGAAAAGUCGCGAAACAGUGUUGACUGCUAUGACAAGUCCAGAAAGAGCAUAGAUCAAUUUGAGAAAGCGAGGACUAGUAUUGAUCAAUUGGAAAGAACUAGGACAGGCUAGAGUGGAAAAACUCAGGAAUUUGUAAAGAUUGAAUUUUUUGCUAAUAUUGACUUGGAUUCCUAUGGGUAAUAUUGCACUUAUGUGUGUAGAUCAUUUCUUUAGUUUGUUUCUGGAAGUUACAGGAUGGGAGAUCAUCACAGCAAAGAUAUAGAAUGCCUGUUAACAAUCAGAAGUGCAUCCCCAGUCUGACAGAUUAGCAUAGGUCAUUUGAAGAAUUUUGCUUGUGCAAUCAAUUUGCAGUGCCAGUAGUUAAAGGUGCUAUUAGUGUGAUUUAAGACAUGUACAACCUGUGAUUAACUACUUUGUAUUUAUGGAGCUAUAUUGAUCUCUUCUACUGCUUUACCGUUAUGGAUAUGAAAUGUAGUCCCACUGGCUGUAUUUUAAAAACAUCAGAACUAUUUAAUAUGGGAAUUGCAUUUCUCAAUGUUUCCUCCUAA